AUGGGACAGUUCAAACCUUAUAGUAUUCAGCUCAUUAGGAUCCAAGAGCCUUUGGUAUAUACUGAUGGCUCAGCAAUAAAGCCACCAGAUUUGAGAAACACUAAUUAUAAGUGUCCUUUCCCUAAUAGACUAGUCAAAACUUUUACAAAAGGGAGGGCAUUGGUUUUUGGGAUUUGCUUUGGUGUUGCUUUGGUUUCUCUUUUUAUUACUAUCUAUAUAUGAAAACGGUGAUGGAAAAUUCCUAUUGAGCCAUUAAUAGUAAAGGGAGAAAUUUCACUGCAAGAUUUUAUUGUUGGGAUUGCUAUUAUUGUUGAAUUUUUCCAAUUUUGCUCUAUGGGUCCUGAUUUCGAGCCAAUAAACUCUACCUUGGCAGAGAUAAGUAGCACCUUUUCAUUAAGUUUAGAUAGUGUUUUAAAGCUACGAAACGGCGUAUUUUGAGUUAUCGUUGAUGCUGUGUUUGGAGCAAUCGGGCUAUGGGUAAUUCUUUGCUUAGUGAUUCUUCUACGUCUUGAUGAGCAUUAUCCUAGAAUAUCUAUUUUUAUGUACUUAGAUGUCUUUGCUGACUAUUUUAUGCCUAUUUUGGGUGAUCUGUGCUUUAUUCCGUUUAUUUCUAUUUGUUUAGAUAUCUUCUUAUGUGAUCAAUCGAUAGGAAAUAAUUUUACAGAUAGUUUUCUUGCCCAAGAUUGUUAUUAUUUUUGCUGAAAAGAUGAGCAUUUAGCUUAUGCAAUUUUGUCAAUAUUUGCUUUAAUAGCUUACGAACCUCUUGCAGUAUUUUGUAGACCUCUAUGGCAAGAAUUGCAGCCACUUUUGCAUGUAAAAGCAAUCCCACUCUUCUUGAUGGUCAAGACAAUGAUUCAAAUAACAUUAGUUGUAAUGAACAAGACAGUUAAAAGAGCGCAAAGCACUCUUCAUGGAGUUCUAUUUGUAUUAGUUAUGAUUUUGUAUAUUAUUUUCCUUUUCAAAUUUAAGCCGUACAAUUAUCCAAGAUUCAGCUGAUGGCAAAUUUUGGUUUUAAUCGGAGUUCUCUGAUUAGCUAUUCUCUCAAUAAUAGCUCAAAGUUUCGGGGGAGACCCAUUUAUUUUGACAUCUAUUUUAAUAUUCGGACUGAUAAUCAUUGCUUUAAUUGGAGUUUAUGUCCAGCACAAAAAAUAUCCAAGUCUUUUAUUUCGCAGAAAAGGGCAAGAUACAACAAAUUUAUUUAAGUUCGCGUUUACUUUUGGGAAACAUUCAAAAAUUGCUCUAACAAAAAUCAGUCCGAGCAGCCUUUUAAAAUCCUCCUCCCAAAAAGCUGAAAAUCAGAGUUCUUAA